GUGCAUUCUGUGCAAAAGGCUCGCAGGGAGGGACCUCAGACAUUUGGCUCGUUUUACACAUGGGGGAAGCAGGCUCCUCUGAAGAGCCAAAUGAGCGGCCGGAGGCCAAGCUCUGGUCGUAGGUGGCCGAACCACAAUUUGCAAACAGGCUUCUUGCAGUUGGAGGGGUCGGGGAUGCAGUGAGUGUCCGCGGGAGCGAGGUUGGCCUUAAAAAGUUGAUCGAAAUUUCUCCAGCCCAAAGGGCCUAGUUCAGUUUAAGAAUGGUUCGUAGUGGCAAAAAUGGUGGUCUUCAUCUAAAGCAGAUUGCAUAUUACAAGCGAACAGGUGAAUAUCAUCCAACUACAUUGCCAAGUGAGAGAAGUGGAAUAAGAAGAGCAGCAAAAAAAUUUGAAUUCAAAGAGAAAAAGUUAUUCUAUGUUGGAAAGGACAAGAAACAAAAUCGUUUGGUAAUUAUCUCAGAAGAGGAGAAGAACAAAGUCCUAAGAGAAUGCCAUGAAAAUAACACUGGGGCUCAUCAUGGCAUAUCCAGAACUCUUACUCUAGUAGAAUCUGGUUACUAUUGGACAUCUGUGACCAAUGAUGUCAAACAGUGGGUGUAUUCUUGUCAGCAUUGUCAAGUGGCAAAAAACUCAACUGUCUUAGCACAUAAAUAUCAACCUCUUAAGGUGGAAGAACCAUGGAGUGUUGUUACCGUGGAUUUAAUGGGACCUUUUCAUUCCAGCCGUCGAAGUCAUCUGUAUGCAAUAAUUAUGACCGAUUUGUUCACAAAAUGGAUAGUGAUUUUACCUCUCCAUGAUGUUUCUGCACCUGAAAUUUCUAAAGCAAUUAUUAAUAUAUUUUUCUUAUAUGGUCCCCCUCAGAAAAUAGUGAUGGAUCAAGGAGAUGAAUUUAUUCAUCAGAUUAAUGGAGAACUCUUUGGGCUUUUUGGUACAAAGCAAAUAGUCAGUUUCUACCCAUCUCAACCAGAUGAUGUAAAUGAAAGAACUGCAAACACCAUUAAAAUUUUUCUUUCAAAAUACUGCCUCGACCACCCAAAUGAUUGGGAUGACCAUUUAUUAGCUAUUUCAUAUGCCUUCAAUUUGACUAAUUUGGAGCCUUCAAAAAAUAUACCAUAUUUCCAAAUGUUUAAUCGAAAUCCAGAUGAGCUUGGAACUUCACAUGUGUUUCAUGAAGGAGAAGGUAGUGAUAGCAUAUGCAUGUUUGCCAAAAUUUUACGUGCAGUUAAAGAGGCUGAUAAGAUAAUGGUGGACAAGACAGCAUCAACAUGCCAAUUGGAUAACCGCAUUCAUGAUGAAACACAAAGUAAAAACAAAGUUAUCAUCAAAAGGAAACCAAAGCAACUGAAUCCAUUUCACCUUAAAGUUGGACAUGAAGUUCUACGGCAAAGGAAAAAUUGGUGGAAGGAUGGACGUUUCCAUUCAGAAUGGGUUGGUCCUUGUGUCAUAGACUACAUUACAGAAAAGGGAUGUGCUGUCUUAAGAGACAACACAGGUACCAGACUUAAGAGACCCAUCAAAAUGUCACACCUUAAACCUUACAUAAGAGAUUCUAGUGAACAAGAUAGCCAUUAUCAUUUACAUGAUUCAGUAGUGGCUGAUCAUGACUACGUUGGGUUAGCUGAAAUUCCAAUUGGAUCAUACCAGCAAGAGAUUCUUGUAGAAGAUACAGCUGUUUGUGCAACAGAUGAUAAUUUACCCGUACCAAGCAAGGAUCAUGAACUAUCAGAAAGCAAAAAUUCUAAAAUUUCUCAGCUCUUAGAAGAUCAUGUCAUUCAAUCUGUCAACUUAAAUCUUGAAAAAGAGACUUUUAGUCUGUUGGACUCUUCAAACCAAGACCUUGAAUAUUUAAGUUAGUUAAGUAAAUUCAUGGAGUGUUUACUUAGAAGUCAUAACUUCUUUUAUGAUACUUUGGCUACACUAGACAAAAGAAAGUAUAUCUUGACAUAUUAUUGAAUCCUAAAAUGGUUUUAAUUAUUUAUUUAGUAAAAUAUGUAUUUAUGUGACGGGUGUGUACACGUUUGUAUAUAUAUGCACAUAUAUA